AUGCCAGGCCCCAAGCAUUGGGAGAAGAUUGAUUUGAGACAACCACUUCCACCAGCAGUGAGAGUGAUGCAUGGGAGGCCUAAAUCCAAGAAAAGAAAGCUAGAGAAGGGGGAAGGGACAUCAGGAAGCAACAAGCCACAACAGAAGGGCCCUAAAUUCCAAAAAAGGUGCAGAAACUGUGGAACACUUGGUCAUUAUGCCAAGAGUUGUAAAUCUGCACCUAAAAGUGAAGCCCCAAUAGUCACUGAGCCUGUCCUGUCCUCUAAGUCUGUCCUUUCUUCCAAGCCUAUCCUCAACACACCUUGGCUGAAUGAACAAAGGAGAAAGAAAGCUGAGAGGGCUGCUGCAAAUAGUGGAGCUAUUGCGGGGCCAAACAGUAUUGGAAACAAGACAUCUCCACAAGAGCAACAGAAACAACAGCAGCUGCAGCAGAUGCAGCAGAAGCAGAAAAGGCAGCAGAAGGAGGUCUUGCAGUCCCAGCAAGAUCAAACCUCACAACCAUUCAGUUGCAGCCAAAACACCCAAGCUUCAACCACCACAACAAGGUCAAAGGUUAAGGGAAAGAACUUAGCACUCUGA